GCAACGGUUCUCACUACAUCUCCACGACCACACCUCCUCGCCGACUUCUGGACAUACCUAACAACAACCCAACCCGAAUUCUCCUCGACAGAAGCCCAGACGCGACUUUCGGAGCGACUGCGCGAUGUGUUACUGAAACAACUUACUCUGAUUGGAGCGCCGCAGAUGCUGAGCGCAUUGAUCCCAUGGGCGAAAGUGCAAACUGCUGGGGAAGGGAAGGGGGAGGAGAAGAGGGGAGAGUUGGAUUUAGAACAGUGGUCCCAAUUAUCCUUUCCUGCCCUUCACGCCCGUGGCAUCGAAACAAUCACCUCCAUCUACGGCACCCUCUGGCCCACCAUAUUCCGCACCUUCGGCCCGCACCGGACAGAAGUGGGGUUCCACGAACUCGCCGUGGUCUACGGUUUAUAUCUAUCCGAUUUCCGCGUUUUGAGUGCCCUGGAGACCGAACUCGUCGCCUAUACCUGCAUCACAGCUCAGGGUCUCCGAGGUCCUGCGCUAUGGCACGUAAGGGGGCUGGGCAGAGUGCUGGGCGCCCGGGGGUCGAAUGAUGAAACGGACCGAAUGCGACGCAUCAAGGAUGUUCUCCGAGGUGUCAAAGUCGCUGUUAUGCAUGCCGUCGAGUUCUGUGGGAGCGAAAUGGUCCAACGGUCCAGGCUGGAUGGUGGGCCGGAUGGGACCCAAGGGUGGCCGAAUGUGGGUGAUGUCGUUAGAGAAUUGGGUGGAUGGGGAGAUGAUGAAUAA